AUGGCAGCAACCACAUUGCUUUUCCUCUUCCUCUUCCUCCUCUCCUCAGUCAUCGGGAUCACAUCUCAAUCUCUGCUCGAUUCGGGCGCGAACUUCUCAUGCUCAAAUGAACCCCCUUGUGAGACAUACCUGGCCUACUUCGCACAACUCCCCAACUUUGCGAGUUUCGGGAACAUAUCGGACCUAUUCGGGGUAAGCCGCCUCGAUAUCAUGCGGUCGAGCAACCUCGCUUCCAAGGAGGACACCCUCGCCCCGGGGCAGCUCCUCCUUGUCCCAGUGACUUGUGGGUGCAAUGGGACCCCCUACUUCUCGAAUGUGACGUAUGACAUCAAGAAGGACGACAACUACUACCUGGUGUCAGUUGGCGCUUUCGAGAACCUCACCAAUUGGCACGUCGUGGAGGACAUGAACCCCAAACUAAAUCCGAAUUUCCUCGCUGUUGGGACAAAAGUUGUGUUUCCUCUGUUCUGUAAGUGCCCUUCGAAGUCUCUCCGGGUGACAGGAAUUAACUACCUGAUAACUUAUGUUUGGCAGCCUGGUGACACUGUCCUGUCCGUAGCUAACAAGUUUAAUGCAACACCGGACGAUAUACUUUCCGAAAAUGGUAACUACCGGAAUAAUUUCACUCUUGCCGUGUACCAGCCUGUGCUGAUCCCCGUGUCUGAGUUUCCCAUGCUGUCUCAACUGUACGACCCGCCCCUAAAGAAACAUACAUCCAGUCGUGCCAGAAGUACUCUUACCAUUGCAAUCUCUUCCGGAAUUGCUGUUUGUAUUCUCCUUGGAGUUUCCUUAUCUCUGUAUAUCUACCGUUUGAGACCCCGGAGAGGCAAGAGUUUGGAAAGGAAAGGUUCGUCCUUGGAAACAUCCGACUUGAUUCAAAUGAAAGACUUCUCAAAGUUUGAGAACUUCAGCCUGAAGAUUGUCCAAGACAAGUUGCUCCCUGGUAUUUCAGGAUAUCUCGGGAAACCGACGGUUUAUGAAAAGAAAGCAAUCAUGGAGGCUACAAUGAAUCUUGGGGAGCACUGCAGAUUAGGAAAAUCGGUUUACCGGGCCUUCAUCGAUGGGCAGUUGCUAGCAGUGAAGAGGAUCAAGGACGAAAUCGGCGAAGAAUUGAAGAUUCUGCAGAGAGUAAACCAUGCGAAUUUAGUCAAAUUGGUUGGAGUCUCACUGCCUGAAGAGGGGAAUGAUUUCUUCUUCUUGGUUUAUGAAUAUGCCGAGAAUGGACCAUUGGACAAGUGGUUGUAUCGGAAGUGUACUUCAUCCUCCUCCUCGGGGUCGCCGGUGCUCCUGACUUGGAGCCAAAGGUUGAGAAUUGCUCUUGAUGUUGCGAUUGGGCUUCAGUAUUUGCAUGAACAUACACAACCGAGCAUCGUCCAUGGAGAUAUCCGAACUGGCAAUAUACUCUUGGACUCGAGGUUUAAGGCCAAAAUAUCGAACUUCACUCUAGCAAGGCCUACUGUUGGCCCGCUGGCCCUCAAGGUGGAUGUCUAUGCGUUUGGGGUACUGCUGCUGGAGCUUCUCUCAGGAAAGAAGACCAUGGGGACGGAGGAGAACGGGCAGUUUUGGAUGCAAUGGAGGGAUACCGACAUGAUACUGGAAGCGGAAGAGGGCAAGGAGGAGAGGCUGAGGAAUUGGAUGGACCAGAACAUGGAAGGGCUUUACCCGAUUGAAGGGGUACUGAGCUUGGUUUCAUUGGCUAGGGCGUGCACAUCUGAGAAGGCCUUGUUGAGGCCAACCAUGACUGAGAUCGUGUUUAACCUAUCAGUUCUGAUUUAUUCGUCUAGUUCCGAGGUCUUGGAGAGGUCUUGGGCUUCUUCAGGUAUGGAAGCAGAGGAGGUGGUUCAGAUCAUUAAACCGAUCACUGCUCGCUGAGGUACCGAUCUGAUGAGAAGAAAACUUAAUAGCUUUAUGUACAGUUUUGCAGAAAUAUGUAGUUUUGUAAAACUUGAAAGUCCUCCCUCCUUAUGGACCCUUAGUUGAUCCUUGCUUA